CUUCCCUUCUCGUCGAUCUCAGUCUUUCCCUCUUCUGUUAUUAUACCUCGAUCGAGUUUCUUUCUUACAAUCGUAUUUGGUCUUUCUUCUUAAUUGCCCAAAAAUGGCUAGGAUUGCGCUGGCUGCUCGAUUCCAACGAGUAAUUACUCCUAAUGCUCUCCGAUCUUAUCUUGCAGAGUUCAUCUCAACCUUCUUCUUCGUCUUCGCUGUUGUCGGUUCGAUGAUGUCCUCCAGAAAGCUGAUGCCAGAUGCUGCAUCAGACCCAGCUAGUCUGGUGUUGGUUGCCAUAACCAAUGCCUUUGCACUGGCCUCGGCCGUUUACAUCUCGGCCUCCACCUCUGGCGGCCAUGUAAAUCCGGCCGUCACCUUUGCCAUGGCCGUUGGAGGUCACAUUAGUGUCCCCAUUGCCCUCAUCUACUGGAUUUGCCAAAUGGUGGCUGCUGUCAUGGCUUGCCUUCUCUUAAAAGUCACUGUUGUUGGACAGCAUGUUCCAACAUAUGCAAUUACAGAAGAAAUGACAGGAUUUGGAGCCUCAGUUUUGGAGGGUGUGCUAACAUUUGCACUAGUUUACACUGUUUAUGCUGCUGGUGAUCCAAGACAUGGUGCAUUGGGGGCUAUGGGGCCCUUAGCCAUCGGGCUCAUGGCAGGGGCCAAUGUAUUGGCAACCGGGCCGUUCUCCGGCGGAUCCAUGAACCCGGCUUGUGCAUUCGGGUCUGCAGUCAUUGCUGGUAGCUUCAAGAACCAAGCGGUUUACUGGGUCGGGCCGUUGAUUGGUGCUGCAGUUGCUGGUCUUUUGUAUGACAAUGUGGUGUUCCCUAUUCAAGAUUCGAGUACUGGGAAUGCAGAUGGAAUUGUAGUGUAAUGCUGAGUAUAGACUAAUGCUCAGGCAUUAGUUCUUGUUUGUUUUGUAGCAUUUGUAGUUCAUUUAGACUCUCCUUUUGAUUUUGUGUAAUUAACUAGCUAGUACUAAUUAAUGAACACUUUCACCUUUAGGU